AUGGCAGACUAAUCUUAAAUGUGUACUUUUAAAAAAAUACAGGCAUUGCAAUAGCAAGAUAUCUGUGCUUACGCAGAUCAGCAUUGCAAUGUUGAGUAAAUGAUAAGAUUUUCUUACUUUUACUAUUGCUAAGUCAAUUAAAAUAUUCUUGUUUUAGACCUUCUUACAAUAUUGGUUCCAUUUAUUUCCUUCCGUUUACUAAGCUAAACAUCUGAAUACUACCUUUCCCCUUCAUUAGCUAAGCUAGCUAAGUGCUUUAGACUCUCUCAAACCUUGGCAGGCGUAACAUUACUUGCCUUAGGAAAUGGUGGUCCUGAUGUGAUCACGGCAAUUAUUGCAGGAAACAGUGGAGAUGAUUCUAUUUCUAUAGCAGUUGGAUCUAUAUUUGGCGCAGGGCUAUUUGUGACAACUUACACUCUUGCUAAUUGUAUUCAGAACGCCGGUUAAAUCAAGAUUCAAUCUAGAACUUUUUUUAGAGAUCAACUAUUCUAUUUAAUUGGAUGUUUGGUUAUUCUCAUCUACACAAUAAUAGGUGAAGUAACUUUAAGCAUGUCAAUUGGUUUUAUAAGUAUCUACAUAAUAUUCUUGCUAGUUGUAGUCUAUUAAGAUAAGACUAAUCCACAAAAAAAAGAAUCAGAGGAUAGCACUAAGCAACAAUAAACUAUCAGAAAAAUGGAAACAAUGCAAACUUAAAAGAUAGAUGACAUUCAAAUCGAAAUGUAAAUUGAAUAAAUGAGAAAUGACCCCAUGGCUAUGAUGCAUAGACAAACAACUCUUGCUGAAUUUAGAUAAUCAGAUCUCCCUCUUUGCGAUCUAAAAGAGUCGAACGAUUAAGACAUGAAGGAUCAAGAAAACAAAGUUCCAAGCAUCCCCAUGAUAAUUAUCCCCGAAGAUUAAGAAGAAGAUGAAGAAAAUGGGAUUAGAAGCAAAAAAUCUUCUUUAGAAGAAUAAUAAAAAUAAUAGUAGAACACUGAAGCUUUUGAUACUCUAAAGAGAUGCGAUACUUAAAAUUAAGCUCAAACUUAUGAGUAAGCUGACGAUGAAUCAAGUAGUAAAUCAUCUAAUGACUCUAAUAACAAAGAUAGCAUGACUGAAAAGUACGAAAACUUCAAGUAAAAGCUUCAUGAAAUGUCUGUCCCUGAAAAAAUCUUAGCUUUAGCUGAAAUUCCUAUUGACCUUAUUAGAUACUUCAUCAUCCCUCCAGCUGAAGAUUCUUAAUGGAAUAAAAUAAGAGCGAUUGUUUGUUGCUACACUUCUCCAAUCGUGUUCCUCCUCUGCUUUGGAGGUAUAACAAUGCAAAUUAAUGGAGUUGAAGGAUUUUAUGUUGCUUACCUUCUUCUUGCUAUUUCUUUUGUAUUAUCAAUUAUUGUUUUCUUCUUUACCAAGAAAGACUAAGCUCCUUGUUUCCAAUGGCUUUUUUCCUUAGGCUCAAUAUUUGUCGCUAUUGCAAUUCUUAGUGUUAUAGCCUAAGUCUUAGUAGAUUUUAUUAACUUUUUCUAGCUUCUCACAUCAAUGAAUAAAACUUUCUUGGGUAUGACUCUUUUAGCCUUAGGAAACUCUGCUACAGAUUUCUUUACUAAUUCAUAACUUGCCAAAGUUGGAUAUGGUGUUAUGGCUUUAACUGGAUGCUUUGCUGGACAAGCAUUUGAUUUAUACCUAGGAUUCGGUUUUGCUUUAGUUUUUAGCUCUUAUAAACAAGGAUUUGGUUUAUCUAUUUUCACAGGCUCUAACAUCAAUGACUGGUUUAGUAACAGUAUUGCUAUUACAAUCUUAGUUUCUGUGAUUAUUUCAACCAUAAUUAUACUCAUAUGUUCCAUAAAACAAAAUUACAAUUUUGAAAAAGGAAAAUUCACCAGCUUUAUCAAAAAUUACUACUUACUCAUAAUUACUAUCUGCAUAGGUCUCUGUGCAGCUGACUAAUUCUUUGAAUGA